UACAUCGCCAUCUAGUGUCGAACUUCCAACCUUGAUUAUUAGGACCAGUUACUGGCACAUGUCCCCCAUUGGGGAUACAGCCAUAAGGAAAGGAAGGAAGGAUCUUUGCUGCCGUACUCAUUGUCAGUCGCACUACAUCACAUCGAUUGCUAUUCCAAUGAUGAGGAAUGGCGAAGCCCAAAGAGCGCUGUGGUUGUGAAAUCGUUUCAGGUCAUGGUGUUAUUAUGAUAUUGUGAUAUUGUCGUUUGCGUGCAGUUUCCUCACGGGUCAGUGCCUUUGUAUGUUUAUCAUUGUUGAUCAAUCGAUAACGUCUCUGCAAAUUCUUUCCAUGGUGAAGCACGACAUUUCGCGCCUGUACAACUGUGGCUCAAUCGCGACUGUUUCUUUUUAUUAUCAAAACUUAAGAUAUACGUAAUCGUAUUUCGGGUAUAAUGGCCGAUAUGCCGUACAAGGAUGGCUACGAGACUCAAGGAGCUCUGCGUAGUAGCGGCGGAAGCGGUGGCUCAGACGGAGAUAUGAAAUUGGAGCCUUCAAGCCCCACAGAGAGAUACACAUUCUCUCGUUGCAGUAGUACAGGAUCAAUUAAUACUCCUUCUUCGUCUGCACAUAAUACUGAGGAUGAAGACAGCGACAAUAAAAAUUCCACAAUCAGCUACAAGGAGAGACGUCGAGAAGCUCACACUCAAGCAGAACAGAAGCGUAGAGAUGCGAUAAAGAAAGGAUAUGAUUCACUUCAAGACUUGGUGCCUAGCUGUCAGCAUACAGAUUCUUCAGGCUAUAAGCUGUCUAAGGCAACCGUGCUUCAGAAGUCUAUCGACUAUAUUCAAUUUCUACUUCAACAGAAGAAGAAACAGGAAGAAGAGCGCAAUGCUCUUCGGAAGGAGGUUGUUGCUCUUCGUAUAAUGCAAGCUAAUAUUGAACAAAUUGUAAAGGCCCAUCAGACGCAACCUGGACAUGCUGAAAUGCGUGUAUCCGAUGAAACUAAGUUUCAAGUGUUUCAGGUCAUUAUGGAUCGACUCUUCCAAACUUUCAACAAUAUUUCAGUGGUGAAUUUUGCAGAAUUAUCCGGUUGCGUCUUUAGCUGGUUAGAGGAGCACUGCAAACCUCAGACUCUUCGGGAAGUCGUACUUUCUGUACUGCAACAGCUGAAUAAUCAGAUUAGCUAGUCUAAAGAAAUCCUGGCGGAACAAGUGUUGUUACCAGAUGUCAACUUGCGUUUCGCAGCGACAGAUGAUGUACAGUUAAUAUGUUAAUAUGUUACCCUAAUGGUAGGAAAAUUCGCAAGCGGGUACUUAAGCCAUUUACGGUAGAGUUACCACAGGACGUUCGAUUCAGAUAGAAUAAGAACCACACGUGAAAUACAAAUAGAAUUCUAUUUUAUAUAUGAGCGGCCUAGAGAUAGUGGCCACUGUCGAAAGAGUUGGCCAUCCACUAGUGCUGUUGUACCGAGAUGUUCAAUACUUUCUUCAGAUAUUGAUUUUUGUUACAUAUCUUUGGAUGCACGUGCAAUUGCAUAACUGUAUAUACGUAUGAAUGUAUUCGUAUGUACAUAAAGACAUGAGUUGUAAUUGUCGACAUGUCAGGAAUUUAUUAGAAUCUGCGAAUUAUGUAUCGCGUAUCGAUAAAAGCUGCAUUCCAUCUGUU